AUGGGCCCCUGUACCGCCUCCUCAUGCUGCUGCCAGGCCCGUAAUCUGCCAUGGGCCCCCGUACCGCCUCCUCAUGCUGCUGCCAGGCCCGUAAUCUGCCAUGGGCCCCCGUACCGCCUCCUCAUGCUGCUGCCAGGUCCAGAGUCUCUCAUGGGUCCCUGUACGGCCUCCCAUUGCUGCUGUCUCCAUCGCCACACUCUGCCAUGUGCCACUUUCAGGUCUCCUCACACUGCUGGUGGGUUCCAAUUUUGUCAUAGGGUGCUGUAUGGCCUCCCAUUGCUGCUGCCUCCACCGCCACACUGUGGCUCCACACUCUGGUUUUGGCCCCGUGACUGCCCAAAUGAGUGAAGUGUGCGGUGAUUCUAAGAUCGACGGCACUCAUCUGCAUGUCAUACUGACUGACAGUAUUAUUUCUCUUCCCCAGCAGACUCCAAGGGCAUUUAAAUUAAAGGUACAGUGUUCUGCACUAAUAUAA